UGCGCUCUCAGGUGCGAGUAAUUUAUUAGUCAAAAAUAACAUUUGAUACACAAAAAUGUGAAUGUUUAUUGUCAAACAUCAAUUUUGCGUAAAAUGGGAAAUUGCUGCUGCAACAAACAAGGGGCUAGUCGGAGAAUUGUUCUACUUUUACUUGGUCUUGAUAAUGCUGGUAAAACUGUCACCGUACAAAACUUGAGUGGUGAGCGAACAGAAACAGUAAUGCCCACUGUUGGAUUUUCUGUUGUCAAGCUGAAAUACUCCAAGUAUGAUGUAAAAAUCUUCGAUUUGGGAGGAAGAUCCGAUUUUCGGGAUGUGUGGCAUAGGUACUAUGUUGAUGCACAUGGCAUCAUCUUUGUAGUUGAUUCAAGUGACUUGAAUCGGUUGAGUGAAGCCCAGGCAGUGUUGAAAAACAUUGUGUCUAGUUCAAAAAUACAAGGCAAACCCGUGCUUGUACUGGCAAACAAGCAAGAUCAUGAGCAAGCUCUAGAUGAAAUUGAUCUAAUUGAUAAGUUAGACCUGGAAUCAUUAGCAAAUGAAAAUGAAUGUCCAACUUUUAUACAAUCAUGUUUUGCAAGUGGUUCAGACAAAUUGGAUAGUGGAAUUAAAAUCGGAUACAACUGGCUGAUCCAAAGCAUAAUCGGGGAUUACAAACAUUUACAGAAGCGGGUAGAACAAGAUGUGGAGUGUCAGCAAAAACUAGACGAAGAAGAGCGCAUUGAAAAGUUUUUGCGAAUAAAACGUAUCAAUGAAGAAGAAGCACUGGAAGCAAAAAUAAAACCGUCAAAUGGUACAACGAAUGAGAUUAUUGUUGUGCAAGAGAGCAAUCGUGUUGAUGUGCAUAGUGUUUCAAGUACAUCAACAGACAUUGAGUCAAUUCCAAGUGUUGAUAUCGUUAACGAUAUUUUACCGGAAUCCACGCGACCUGAAUCUGCAACCAGUUUGAUUCGUAAACAACUCGAGCUUGGUAAUCUGAAACGACGAACGUCGCUUCAAAUAAUGCAUAAUAAUAAGGUUUCCCCCAUGCACGUGUUUGGCGCUAAGCCCAAGACAGUAAAGAGCGCAACGGCGCGUAAUAGUGCAAAUUCGAGAAAACUUCCCGAUAGGAGAAACCUGCGUUCAGCUGGUGAUUCUGUCUUUAUCGUUUCGCGCGAUAAUCAUCGUGUGAUGCCCAAUAAUGACGGAUCUGGAGACUUGUCUAUGUUUAAUUCAUUGCGCCGAGAAGCGCCUCUUCGACAAUUCAAUGUUAUCAAAGAUGUCUUGCCACCAAUCAAUGAUAUUCAUUCCCAUUCGACCCCCAAUGGAACAUACUUUUAGGUUGCUUAAAUGGUUUUUAUGAAGAUUUUACAAACGUAUGCCAGGAAAGCGUCUUAAAGUCGUAGAUUAAUUGUUGAACCCCCAUUUUUAUAAACUUUUACAAAUGGUAAAAUAUUUACAAAGCCAUAUACAAUCAAUAUAUAUAGUAACAAUUAA